AUGACUGUUGAAUCACAUUGGCGCCAAAUUAAGUGUGAUUAUUUAUAUAAGUUUUACAAACCACGAGUUGAUCAUCUGUGUUAUAUUCUUGUAAAAAAGGUUAUUGAUCGACAAUUGUUUCGAAUUCAAAUGCUUGAACAGGAUCGUGAGUUGGUAUCAUGGCAUAAAGAGUUUAAACAAGAAUGGAAAGAAUAUGAGACAAAAAUUACACAAUCUAAUAAUAUGAACAAGUAUUUUACAGAUCCAGUCAAGUGGAUAUGUGCAUACCCUGCAUAUAUUCAAAGCAGGUUUUCUUAUGCAAGCAUUUGGUCAAUUCUGUAG